UUAUUGUGAAGGCGGUUUCCGGAAGAGUGCGUGCGAAUAGAACUCAAUGAUAAAUCUGCUGUUUUGCACUUCCACGCUGGACCAACAGUUGACGUCAAAAUGAGCUCCAUUGGGACCGGGUACGACCUAUCAGCAUCCACCUUCUCUCCUGACGGGCGAGUCUUUCAGGUGGAAUACGCUAUCAAAGCUGUGGAGAACAGCAGCACAGCCAUCGGAAUCCGCUGUAAAGAUGGCGUCGUGUUUGGCGUGGAGAAGCUGGUUUUGUCCAAACUCUACGAGGAGGGCUCCAACAAACGCAUCUUCAACAUUGACAAACACGUCGGCAUGGCCGUGGCGGGCCUUCUGGCGGACGCCCGUUCGCUAGCUGAAGUGGCCCGGGAUGAAGCGUCCAACUUCCGCUCCAGCUACGGGCACAACAUUCCUCUCAAGCACCUGUCUGAGCGCGUGGCCAUGUACGUGCACGCCUACACGCUCUACAGCGCCGUGCGACCCUUCGGCUGCAGCUUCAUCCUGGGCUCUCACGACAAAGACGACGGGCCGCAGCUCUACAUGGUCGACCCCUCGGGCGUCUCCUACGGUUACUGGGGGUGCGCCAUCGGGAAAGCCAAACAGGCCGCCAAGACGGAAAUUGAAAAACUGCAGAUGAAGGACAUGACCUGCAGAGAGCUGGUCAAAGAGGUCGCCAAAAUCAUCUACAUCGUUCACGACGAGGUGAAGGACAAAGCGUUCGAGUUGGAGCUCAGCUGGGUUGGAGAAAUCACAAACGGACGACAUGUGCUCGUCCCCAAAGACAUCAAGGAGGAGGCGGAGAAAUACGCCAAGGAUUCUCUGGAGGAGGAAGACGACUCGGAUGAAGACAACAUGUGAAGCCGUCGACUCUUUUGAUCUUGUUUGUUUUCAUAUUUUAUAAUUCUGCUUUGAAAAUAAAAGAUGUUUGCCGCCUGGGUCUC